AUGAAAGAGACAACAGAAAAAGAAAAACACCCUUCGGCCAGCGCCCCGUACCCACCCCAGAAACUCGCGUCACGAUCCUGCACCGCCUGCUAUCAGCGCAAGGUCCGCUGUGACCGGGCUGUGCCGUGCAGCAACUGCGAAAAGCAUGGCGUUAGCUGCGUGUACCCGACCAGGGAAACGACCGAUGCGGACGGCACACCCGUGAAGAAGGGCACGACUCUGCAGAGCAUCGCCAACCGGCUCGGGCGUGUGGAGGUGUUGCUGACGCGGCUGCUGGAACAAACGGGCGAAGCAUCGGGCGAGAGGCCAGGCGGCCAGACCGACGGCACAGGGUCGGCUGUAGUGCCAUUAGCAAGUCGGAUGCUGCCAUCCAGUGCGAAAAGCAUCCGAGAGACAUCGCCGCCACAUCCGAUCGAUAAGCCACGCAACGCACUGCCGCAACUGUCUCCGCGUUCUGAGCGGACACAGCCUAGCCAACACAACCGGGGCCAAAGUCAACAGAACCCACAAGCGCUGUCGACCACGUGGGAAAUCCUCUUGCGUGACGAACUCGACGAACGAGCACUGACCUUUGUUGGCACACCAAGCACGGGACAGACGCCGCAGAGCGGACAUGUGAAUACUUUGGCAUCAACAUACAACACACCGGCGUCGCAGUUGCAAGCUAAGCAAAACGAAACGCCGUCUCCAACACAACGACGACCGCAUCACGACCACAACCCGGGAGACAACGCCGACGUACUCGCCCUCUAUCCCCAUGCGCAGCUCGCACUGCAGCUCUGGAGCGUCUAUGUCAAGCACGUCGACCCCGUGCUCAAGAUCUUGCACAUACCGACGCUGCAGUCGACGGUCGUGCAGACGAUCCUCGAUCCCGCAUCGGCGGCCGCAUCGACCCUGGCGUUGACGUUUGCCAUCUACUACGCCGCCGUGACGUCCAUGUGCAGCGACGACGGCGACGAGGAGGACAACGGCGACGCCCCCCGACCAGCCGAGGAGACAAGUGCCCUGCUGUCCCAGUUCAAGGCGGCUUUGGACGCACUCCUCACGGUCCGUCGCGUCAUUGACCAGCCGGACAUUCAAUGCAUACAAGCCCUGGCCAUUUACGCGACCUGCCUGCGAGUGCACGAGGUCGGCCGCAGUGUGUGGAUUUUGAACGGCCUCGCCAUCCGCCUGGCGCAGUCCAUGGGCCUCCACCGCGACGGCAGCCAUCUCAAGCUGAGCCCCUUUGAGACGGAAAUGCGCCUGCGGCUGUGGUGGCACCUGUGCAUCCUCGACUCGCGCGCGCCCGAGGACCAGGGCCUGCAGCCGACGAUUGCCGUCACCAACUGGGAGCUGCGCGUGCCGCGCAACGUCAACGAUGCGCAGCUCUACCCGGCCAUGGCGUCGCUGCCGGCGGCGUCCACGGGGUGGACGGACAUGUCCUUUUUCCUGCUGCAGACGGAAGCCUGCCGGCGGAUGCAUCCGCUGAUGGAGACGCUGGAGCGCCAGUCGGGCUCCACGCCGGGGGUGUCGGCGGAGGAUGGCCAUGGCGAUGGCAAUGGCAAUGGCGAUGGCGGUGUGCACGGUGCCUCGUCGGCCCCCAUCGACGUCGCCGGCGCCAUCCGCCGCAUCCGCGCGCGCCACGAGUCCAUCCGCGACGCCGGGCGGUACAUGCACGUCCAUUUUGGCGUGUCGCCGGACACGGGCCGGCCGACCGACCUGCCGCGCAUCGCCACCACGCACAUGGAGACGGCCUGCAAGAAGAUGGAGUUUGUGCUGCAGCUGCGCGAGGAGAUUCUGCUCAAGCGCUUCGGCGGCACGUCCGAUGUGGACGCGGCAUCGUACGCGUCGCCGCUCGAGGCGCAGUCGUUUGCCCUGGCCUGCGAGACGCUCGCCUGCAGCCGCACCCUGCUCCGCGACAGCCGCGCCGCGCACUACGGCUGGUUCUUCAACAUGUACACGCAGUGGUAUGCGCUGGCGUACGUGCUGCGCUGCCUCUGUCUCUGCGGCGGCCGCGCCAACACAGCAGAGCAGCGCCAGGCGACGGCAUGGGCGCUCGUGGACGAGCUGUUCCCCAGCGGGCUGCGUCUGCACGGACGGCCCGACAGCAGCGAUGCGUCCACCGGCGGCCCCGCAGACGACGGCAGCAUCUGGAGCUACCUGCAUCGACUGCGCCAGCAAGCCGCGCUCGUGCGCGAGCAGGCGCACAACGACGACGUCAGCAGCCAGAAUGCACAGACGGCAAAGACAAACAAUGCCCUAGUGGCGUCCUACGUGCAGGUGACGGCAGACCGCGACAGGGAGGACACGCAGAUGCCCCCAGCGGAUGCGUCUCUGCCAUCGGCCGGCCUGGUCCCGGACGGCAACCAGGACCCGUUUUCGUCGCUGGACCUGUUCAUGGCCGACAUCCAGUUCCUGCCCGACUGGGACACGGUGAUUAAUAUGUAA